UCGCGAAUUGACCCAGCCGAAGUGACCCGCUGUCGGCCCAUGACCUAACACCUCCACAAAAAAAGCGCAAAGCAGCAUAAUUUCAAAAACUAACCAGACCUGAACCCUCCACCGCAUCCAAAUGGAGCCCUACUACCUCGACCGCCAGCCCAUGCAAAGGCGCUCCCGCAGCCGCUCGCGCUCGCGCGAGCGCAGCGCGGCAUCACCGCGCGGCGCCGCCCGCAGCCGCCACGAACAGCCGCCGCAGCCGCGCGGCCCGCGCAUGCAGCACAAUGAAAGAGAGACGGACCCGCGCCGCCUCUCCCAGCGGCGAAAAGAAAUAGCCUACGGAAAAAACACGCUAGGCUACGAGCGCUACCUACGACUGGUGCCGAAAGAGAAGCGGCGCCACCCCCGCGACCACCCGCCGACGCCCGACCCGACGCGCAAGUACUCGAAGCGCCAAUUUGACGGGAUCGUCCGCGCGUGGCGCCGCAAGCUCCACGACUGGGACCCUCCGAAAUCAGAGCAGGACCUGGGCCCCGCCGUCGCGCCGAUGAUCCCCACGCUCGCCGCGACGCCCGCGCCGGCGCCGCCCGCCGCGCCCGCGCCCGCGCCCGCGCCGCCCAAACCCGUCGACGACGACUUCGGACCGGACGUGUUCGCCGUCGACGUCGCCGCGCCGUCGUCGGAACCGCCGGUCGCUGCGGCCGAGCCGGUGCCGGCGGCUGAUACAACGCGGACCGCGCCGGCCCACGACGACGUGUCCGACGACGACCUACUCUAG